GACACGCCUACUUCCGGUGAGCAGCUUCCGUCGCGAGACAAUCACUACGGGAUGUUGUUGUCCCGUGUGGUUCGCGCGCUCAGACAGACCCCGCGGCCCGUGCUCGUGCUCUUCACUAAGGAGCCCUGUCCUCUGUGUGAUGAAGCCAAAGAAGCGCUGGAGCCGUACAGACACAGGUUUGAGCUGCAGGAGGUGGACAUCAGUCUCCCGGAGAACAGCGUCUGGUUCGACAGAUACAAACACCACAUCCCUGUCUUUCAUCUGAACGGACAGUUCCUGAUGAUGCAUCGAGUGAACACGGCUCUCCUUGAGAAGCGUCUGGAUCAAGCCACUGAAGAAGAUCCGUAACAUCUGACACGGUUCUGCUUUCAUUUAAU